GAUUGUCGCCUGAUAAAAUGAACAAUGAGAUAACUGGUAACAUGAUAUCCCGGAGAAUAAAACAUGAAAAGAAGAGGAAUGAAACACACUUGAAGCUGUAUAGAGCCAUAGUUUUAAUAUUUGUCAAAACGAGAGUAGGAAAGAUUUUUGUUCAUCAUGUUUAUACCACUGUUCGUUAUGCUGUCCACAUCCUUUGCUUUUUCUGAGGUGAAACCGCAGGAAAGCGCUUGUGAUGUUUGCAACUGCUCAUUGAAGACCGUAGUUGACUGCUCUUUUCGCGGCCUUUUACAGAUUCCAUCAAACAUCAGUGCAGACACUACCGUUCUUGAUAUGUCAUCGAACCUUAUCAACACUUUAGACAGGGAUCCAUUUAAGAAGUUACGGAAUCUGCUUGUUCUGGAUUUAUACAACAACUCUUUGAAGAGAAAAGGCCUCUCCAACUCAACAUUUUCUGGUCUCUCGAAGCUGAAGGUGUUAAAUAUCUCUAAAAAUGAUCAGCUGCAACUGACAAACGCAACAACCCCUCUUGAAUUAUUUAAAAAUAUGCCUUCUCUAGAGCUGCUGAAAAUGUAUGGAACAACCGGCACGUAUAAUAUCAUGCACGGGUACCCGGAUGUCCAGCUCAGUAAACUUAAAUCCUUGAGAGAACUUUGGAUAGACGGGCUCACAAAUAUAGCAUUCGGUCUAGCAUUCAGGAAUAUGACCAGCCUAAAAGUAUUACGCCUUGCAGGAGAUCACAUUAAACCUUCAUGGAGAAGCAAGGAGUUUUGCAUGACAAACCUAGUUAAAGGAAUGUUUGACAACCUGCCUUCUAUCACCCAUCUUUUCAUCCAAAAAUGUAACCUAGAAACAGCUGACGUAAAUGUGUUUCAAAAACUUCAAAACCUAGAGUAUUUAGAUUUAUCGAAAAACACGAAUCUCACUCUGAGGAGAGUAUCAGCUGCCCUCGGUAGCCUACAAAACAAAACUAAUACUCUAGUUUUAAACGAAAUUGAAUCGUCCAAGCCGCACAAAUAUACAGUCACUUUAACGACAGAUAUGAUAGAAUCACUACAAUAUAUUCCGCUCCGAGAGCUUCAUCUGGACAAUAAUCGUAUAGAAUUGAUAGAACCGGAUGUUUUUAGGAAGCUUCCGAAAACACUUCAAAUUGUUAGCGCAAAACAAAACAGGUUUUUCACUGGAUAUUACAUUUUCAGUGUAAGAUAUUUGGAGAAUUUGAGAUAUCUGGAUAUAUCACACCAGUUCUUCACGAGUGAAUUGGAGGUUUGGCAUCAGUCGGAGACACACAACACGAAUUUGAACGAAAAUCACUUUACUGAAAAUAUUGAACGUAAUUUGAAUAAAAGUCAGAUUAUAAAUAAGACUUAUGGGCCACAAAUUGAACGCUCACAUAGAUUAGAAACUGAUUUCGAUAAAUAUACUGAUACAGAAAGUCGUCACUAUAAUAAUACUGAUAAAUACAUUGGGAUUGAGACUGACAGCUACAAUCAAAGAAAGAGCAUCAGCCCAACAAAGACACCAGAAAAAGGUUCUUAUGAAAUGAAUAGAAAUUUAAGUCGCCGUGAUAUAUUACAUUACAUGACAUCAACAUGUCCACAACAUAGUAAGGAAUUUUACAUCCCUCCUGGGACAAUUGUUGGUUACAUUCCUCCCAAACUGGAAUACCUGGAUAUUAGUAUCAGUAAACAUGCUAACCCAGUAUUCCAAUUUAUUUUCAGUGAGAACAAUUCAUUGAAAAUAUUGAAUGCUAGCCAAUCGUUGUUGUAUUGUUUGGAAGGGCCUGUACGCGGACUACACAAGCUUGAGUAUUUAGAUUUGUCAGAAAAUUACUGUUACAAUAUCUCCAAAACAUUUUUCAAGUACGCAUCAAGUUUGAAAAGUUUGUAUAUUCACAAAAACUUUCUUGGUCAAAUAUUUGGUGAGGAUUAUGACGGAGAAAUACUGCAGCCUCUUUCAUCACUUGAUGUAGUAAACAUAUCAUAUAAUCGAAUAUAUAAGAUUCCAAGACGGUUUUUUAUGUCCCAACGUAAUCUCGUAUCCUUAUCGGCUGUUGGCAACGUUAUAGAAGAGUUCGACGUUACUCUAGGACACAUGACAAGACUAAGAAACGUGCAGUUACGUUUGAAUUAUAUCAACACACUUUCAGAUGUGACACGUGGUGAGUUAGAGAAAAUAUCGUCUCAGAUUGACAGAAAUACAAACCAGAGUUUACUGGUUGAUCUGAGCGUCAACCCUAUACACUGUUAUUGUUCUAACGUUGAAUUCUUGAAAUGGGUGUUUAAACACUCUAGCUCAGAUUCCUCCUUGGUGGUUCAAAUCUCGGAAUGUUUAUUUCAUGAAAAUCAGACAAGAGUCAAACUUUACUCGCGUAAACAUCUCGAGGACACGGUUGCUUAUUUGGAAAAACAGUGUCAGUCAUAUGUUGGCCUUAUAGUCGGCCUGUCUAUCUUUAUGGCUAUCGUUGUCAAUAUAAUAUUGGGGAUAAUUAUUCACAAAAACCGCUGGCAACUUCAGUAUUGGUAUUAUGUUGUCUUGGAUAACUACAGAUGCAAAGUUAAACUUCGUAGAACAAAUUAUGAAGAACUUGACGAUAUGUAUAAAUAUGACGUUUUUGUAGCUUCUGCAGCUGAGGACGUAGACGAACAAGGCAAACACGAAAAUGACUUUGUUAUGGACAAGUUAAGACCGGUCUUAAAGUUAAGAAAUUUGAUCGCCUUCGUUCAAGUCUAUCAUAUCCAAGGCAAUUAUAAUCUCAUUUCGACGGUCGGAAAAGCCAUAAAUGCCAGCAGGGUUGUCCUUUUCAUUUUCUCUGAUGACUGGUCGAAGGAUGAUAGCAUGAAAGUCGCUGUUCAUAUGUGGCAGUGUGAUAUGAUGCAACGACGUUGUCCAAAUUCUGUGUUUGGCAUUAGGCUGAAUGAAAUGUGCGGUAAAGAUGCAGAAAUGAUGCAUGAUAUUCACUGUAAAACUGUCCUUGACUAUCCCAAAGGAGCGAAUCGACAUACAGAGAAUGCAUUCUGGCGAGAAUGUACAGACUUAUUGCAAAAGCUUGGAAAAAAUAACUCUAACCAGGAAUGUUCGGAUGUUUAUGCGUUGUUUAGACUUGCAUGCGUUGUCCUUGCAAUUGUCCUGGUAUAUUGCGAUGGCAGAAGACAACAACAUGGAACUUGUGACAUCUGCAACUGUUUAGUUAAAGAUGUUGUCGAUUGUUCAGACAGAAGCCUAACCUACAUACCAAAGGAUCUAAAUGUAACUACUAGAGAACUUAACCUGUCAUCUAAUUACCUUCAGCAUAUAGACAAUGGGAGUUUUGAAUACUUGGAGGAGUUAAUAAGUUUAGAUUUAUACAACACGUCAUUGAAAAAUGUCUCACCCGAUGCCUUAAAAGGACUUACGAAUUUAAAGUUCUUAAAUAUCUCUCAAAAUGACCAAUUUCCUCUUACCAAUGAAUCUACACCAAUGGAACUAUUUGAGCACAUUCCGUCCCUUGAAGUGCUCCGAAUGUAUGGAACAACAGGAACGUACAAUAUCAAGAAUGGAUACCCGGAUGUACAACUAAGUAAGCUUCCAUCUUUAGAAGAACUUUGGAUAGAUGGACUUACAAAUUUGACAUUUGGCCCGGCAUUCAGGAACAUGACCAGUCUAAAGGUCUUACGCCUCGCGGGGGAUUUUGUUGAACCAUCGUGGAGGAGCAAAGAGUUUUGCAUGACUGACCUAGUAGAGGGAAUGUUUGAUAAUGUCGCUUCUAUCACCCAUCUAUAUAUAAGAAAAUGUUACGUGACACACAUUGAUAAAAAUGUUUUUCAAAAUUUGGAAAACUUGGAGUAUCUUGAUUUGUCUGAAAACAAAAUUGUGGGACUAGAAAAUAUGUUUAAUUCAUUUUAUAGUCUCUCCAAUACGACUACAAGUUUAAUUUUGAAUAGCGUCGUAGCAGGAUCUACAAAAACGUGUGGUACUGAAAUUACUACAAAAAUGGCUAAAUGUAUUGAAAAUAAAUCGAUACGAGAACUUCAGCUGAAUCACAAUAUCAUUCGACACAUAGAAUCAGACGUGUUUUCUACACUUCCUAAAACUCUUCAAAUUGUGAGUGCAACAAGAAAUGAAUUUUAUCUAAAUACCUACAUAUUUAAUGUAUUCCGUUUGACAAAUUUAACGCACUUAGAUAUUUCUUAUCAAUUUUUCACGGAUGAGAUAUCAAUUUGGCGCAAAAAAGAAUAUACCCAAGAACCGAAAGACGCAAUGCUUUUCACAAGUAGUACUGACAAUAUACUAACGGAUGGAAAUCGCAAUGAACGACUCGUAUCGCAUGAUGAAUAUACGUAUAGCAGCGAACAAAGUGAAGACCACGGUGGUAGCCAUGGUGGUAUUUUCCAUGGUUAUGCUCAACAACUUCUCUUGGAUAUUACUCACCAAAAUCUUUUUCAGUACAAAACACAAAGCACAGGGAAAGUAUGUCCACAGUUUAAUAAGGACAGAUAUAUUCCACCUGGAACUGUUUUAGGAAACAUUCCACCAAACAUGAAAUACUUAGAUUUAAGUCACAGUAAACACGCACAUCCUAUAUUUGAGUUAUUUAUCAACUACACAAAUACGUUAAAGAUCAUCAACGCCAGUAAUUCUCUACUUUAUUGCUGGGAAGGUCCGGUGCAUGGCCUAACAAAACUAGUAACUUUAGACCUGUCAAACAACUUUUGUAAUAAUGUAUCCUUUAGGUUUUUCCAAACGUUGCCAACCCUGAAACGAUUGAAUAUCAGUUAUAAUUUUUUGGGUUCUACAAUUGCAAAAGAUAUCGAAGGAAGCAUCAUGUCCAAUCUUACUGCUCUCGAGACGUUAGAUAUUUCUUUUAACCUUAUUGAAACAAUUCCUAAGUUGUUUCUGAAGUCACAGAAGGAACUAAUUGUACUGUCUGCAAGAGGAAAUAUCCUUGAAGAUUUUAAUGUUGAUAUACGUCACAUGACCAAACUUAGAAAAUUAGAUUUAAAACGGAACAGGAUCAGGACACUUUCAGAAAAAACGUGUGCGGAUUUAGAGAAAAUUUCGCAACGCAGCAGCGAUAACGUAAACAGCGCAUCUAGGAAAAUUUUGUUUGUUAACCUCAGAUCUAACUCUAUCGAGUGUUCGUGCACCAAUAUUAGGUUUGUGAAAUGGUUAUACAACUAUUUUGGGUCCAACUCUACUUUGGCUGUGAAUGUAUCUUACUGCGUACAGGAUGAUGAAAAUCAUACACAUAUGACCUUGGAUUCCCGGAAUAGACUCGGAGCGAUAGUGGACAACUUGGAGCAUAAAUGUCGGUCAUAUACCGCUCUAAUUAUUGGACUAUCUAUUGCAGUAGCAUUCAUUGUAAAUGUUAUUUUAGGUAUCAUUGUUCACAGAUACCGAUGGAAGCUACGAUAUUGGUACUAUGUUGUUUUUGACAAGAGGACUGUUAGAAGAGGAGAUUAUGAGCUUAUCGAUGAACCGAGAUUCAAGUACGAUGUGUUUGUUGCGUCCUCAGAUGAUCAAAAAGAGUUUGUCAUUGAUAAACUUCGGCCUGCUUUUAAACAGAAUGGAUUAACUGCAUUUAUCUCUGUUUACCACAUCAACUUUGGCAACAAUUUGGUAAAUGUUAUCGGAAAGGCAAUAAAUGAAAGUAGCGUAGUUUUGUUCGUUUUCUCAGAUGAAUGGUCGAGUGAUGACUGUAUGAAAAUUGCCUUACAUAUGUGGCAGUGUGACAUGGUACACCGUAAUGGGCCUGCAGUGAUUGGUAUCAACCUGGACACAUUGAGAGGCAGGGAUGUCGAGAUGGUCCGAGAAAUUUACUGCCAACACUUUAUUGACUAUCCAAACGGAACUGAUGAGGAAGAGCAAGAGGCAUUCUGGAGGGAUUGUGCAAAAACAAUAAGAGAACAAAAAGAUGCGCAGUGAACUAUAAAUUGUAUUCUACAAAGAAUCAGAUUGUGUACAAAAUAUAAAAGCACUAGUUAAUAUGUGGUUGUCUGGAGAGAAUCAAAAUUUAAGUAUUAGGUGUUAUAUUUUGAACUGCAAAUAUCUGCUAUAGGAAAUCAGAAUGUGUGCAAACUGAAAGAGCGUUAGAAGAUGUACAGCAAUAUGUUGAUAUAUUACAGAAUUAUUCAGAAUAUGUAUAAAUUGUAAAAACUGUAAUAUCACUUUGUAUUGUGCAGCAAUUUGUUGAUAUAUUAAAGAACUAAUAAGAAAGUAUAUGAAGUGUGAUAGCAUAUAUGUAUAGAUGUAUAAAUAGCAUGAGGUGAUGUGCAGCAAACAACUUUUAAUAAAUCUUAUAACUAAUAAGAAUGUGUGUAUAUUAUAAUAGCAUGAGGUGAUGUGCAGCAAAAAAAGUAUUUUAUAUAUUUUAUAACUAAUUAGAACUUGUGUAAAUUGUAAUAGCAUGAGGUGAUGUGCAGCAAACAACUUUUAAUUAUUUUUAUAACUUAUUAGAAUUUGUGUAAAUUGUAAUAGCAUGAGGUGAUGUGCAGCAAACAAAGCUGUUGUCGAUUGUUCAAGCAGAAGCCUAAUCUACAUACCAAAGGCUCUAAACAUAACUACUAGAACACUUAAUCUGUCAUUUAGUUUCCUUCAGAAUAAAGGCAAUGGGAGUUUUGAAAAUUUGAAGGACUAAAUAUUUAGAUUUAUACAACACUUCACUGAAAAACGUCUCAUCCGGUGCCUUUAAAGGACUUACGAAUUUAAAGUUCUUAGAUAUCUCUUAAAAUGACCAAUUUCCUCUUACAAACAAGUCUACACCGACGGAACUAUUCGAGCACAUUUUGUCCCUUGAAGUGCUGCGAAUGUAUGGAACAACAGGCACGUAUAAUAUCAAUGGAUACCCGGAUGUACAACUAAGUAAGCUUAAAUAAACUUUGAAUAGAUGGACUUACAAAGGACACAGUUCACUUCAGCCUUAUAUGGCCUAUGCAAUUUUAAAAAUUUUAAAAUUGGCUAUAGUUUGAAAAAAAAACUAUAUAUUGUUUACUACCAGAAUGUUUCUCUACUGCAAGGAAUUUAGUUUUUAUAAAUAAAUUUAUUAUUUUGUUCACAACGUGUCACUGAAUAUUGCUGAAAUCGCAGACUUUUGGGAAAACGGGCAUUUUUACCAUAUUUAGGUAAUGUUGGAAUGUUUUUAGUAGUGAGCACACUCAAGGACCACAAAAAUAGUUUGACCAUUGGUCCAGCUUAUUUCACAGAAUUUAUGAUCAUAUUUGAGUGUGGUUGACAGUUGUGCUCAUAACGAAAAUUUCAGAUAUGCUUAAAAAUUCGAUUAAACACUGAAGGUUUCCCAAGCUCAAAAUGUUAAAAUUAUUUUCAGUUAUGUCCUAUAUUUAAUUCUAUAGUGAAUAUAUUGUAAAAAAUUGUGUGCAGUUUGAUAAAACAAUACUACUUGAUGAAAGAAAGCAUGUUCUUUACUCAAUUUAGAUACUUUCUAUUUUUUGGCCAUUCUGGUGCAAAUGUGAACCUUCUCCUUUGACAUUUGGCCCGGCUUUCAGGAACAUGACCAGUCUAAUGUUAAUUAGAAUCUGUGUAAAUUGCAAUAGCGCUAAGUGAUGUGCAGCACUCCUUUAAUGGUUUAUAGCGAAUCAUAAUGUAUUGCAGUCAGUUGUUCGUAUCAGAAUAUAUGCAAAGUUUAAUAGUGAUAGGUUAUGUCCAAUGAACUUUUGAUGUAUGAUUUAGAGCAGUCAAUAAGAGAGCAAGGUAAUAUUCAGUUAACUUUGAUUAUUUUGGUAAAGAAUCAGAAUCUAUGUUAAAUUUAAGGCAGUGUGCAGUGAACGUUUUCUGGAGAGUGUUUGAAUGUAUGUCUAGAGUUAGAGUGCUGGAGAAAGAAUACUGAAUUUUGAGAAGUGAAAAAUAUAUGGUUAUGUUCAUUUGUUCCGUUUGUGUUUAUUUUUAUCAUGCUCCUUCAUGUAUCUUCUAUUUUCAUGUCGAUUUUAUCGUAGUAUUGUUGUAUUACACAUUCAUUCAAAUGUAUUCUCCCAUUUGACAGCUUUAUGUCUACAUAACAUGUAUAGGCCUAUAUGAUGUACAUCGUAAUCUCUCACCAUGUUGUCAAUAGGUGGGAUUAAAUCGUAUUCAUUUAUUUCA